AUGGCUUCUGCUUCGACCGACAAACCUGCCUGCAUGGCCUACCGCUUCCUGGGCAACUCCGGCCUCUUGGUGUCCAAGCUCGCUCUCGGCAGUUGGGUGAUGAAGCUCGCCUUCGAGCACGGCGUCAACCUCUUUGACAACGCCGAGACGUACGGCGACGGGCUGGCCGAGAAGAACAUAGGCUUUGCCAUUACGAAGGGCAUCGCUGAAGGAGUCUGGACGCGCGAGAGCCUCGUGGUCACCACCAAGAUCCAAGCUCGCAAGCACAUCGUGGAGGGCACCAAGGCCUCACUCAAGAGACUGGAGCUGGACUACGUCGACGUCAUCUUUUGCCACCAGCCCCACCCGUACACGCCCAUGGAGGAGAUCGUGCGAGCGAUGAACUUCGUCAUCGAGCAAGGUUGGGCCAUCUACUGGGGCACGAGCUCCUGGGCUGUCGCUGACAUCCGCGACGUCGCCGACCGCCUGGGCUUGAUCCGCCCGAUUGUGGGGCAACCCGAGUACAGUCUGCUGGAGCGCUCCAAGGUCGAGGUUGAGUACGCGGACCUGUACAAGAAGUACAAGCUGGGUCUGACGACGUGGUCUCCUCUGGCAUUCGGGAUUCUGACUGGCAAGUACAGCGCUGGUGCCCCGGAAGGCCGACUCGCGAAGGCCGACAAGCUGAAGCCUGUUGCCAAGGAGCUCGGCGUGACUAUGGCGGAGCUUGCCCUCGCUUGGUGUGUCAGCAACGAGAACGUGUCCAGUGUGCUGGUCACGCCCGAGGUGAAGGCCAAGAUCGACGCCCUGGCGCCGUUCGUGCCCGAGCUACCGAAGCCGGCGCGAUCGGCAAAGCUGCGGGCUCAGUACCUCUAG